AUGGCCCCCAUCGAACGCAUCACCCUCUUCAAGAUCCCCAAGGAGGAAGAUCGCCUGCGUCUCCUGGAGCAAUACAAGAUCCUAGCUAAGACUGCUACCAAGGACGGAAAACCAUACAUCGUCUCCGCCGCAGUGGGCCUCUCCUACGACGACCCCCGCAACAAAGGGUUCAAUAUCUCGGUCAAGACGACGUUCGCUUCUCUCGAGGAUAUGAAGUACUACGAUACCGAGUGUGAGGCGCAUAAGGCGUUGAAGGCUGUUGCGGGGCCUGCUAAGGAAGAUGUUCUUACCACUUAUUAUGAGAAUAUUCUUUGA